AUGGAAGGCCUUCCGAAGCUUCCUGGGUACGAUUUCGCUAACCGUCUUCGCCAGAAACAUCACGUUCCACAAUCCUUCAAGUACAUCAACGGUUAUCCGAUACACGACAAGCCCAUCUGUGGUUUUGGUGGAGAGCAGCUGAACGAAGAUUCGAUUUACUUUUGCACCGAUGAAACCGAUACAGUGUUGUACGAUCCAAUCUUGACGUACGGCCGAGUGCGUAGCCUUCCGGUGAAACCAUACAGACCGCACUUUGUUCUCUACGAUCAAAAGACACUGAAAUUCAAUGCAUUUUUCCGGCAAGCCGUCCCAGAAUCUCCGCAGGAGAAUUUUCGCAUUCGAUACGUCAACAUCCUGUACUUCCUGGAGGACGACACGAUGACGGUGCUGGAACCGAUCAUCGAGAACUGUGGCUACCCGCAGGGACGUUUGGUUCGACGUGGCAAGAUAAUCAAAAACUGUCUCGGAGAAACGUACAGCUGGAAAGACCUGAACAUAGGAAUCGAUCUGGAGAUCCAUGGGUACGUUUUUCAUCUGACAAACUGUGACGCGUUUACGAAGGAAUUUCUGCUAAGCAACGGAAUCGAACUGAACCAGAUGGAGUUUCCCCCGCCGGACCCUGCCAUGAACGAAAGGUCGAUUAGUGCUCGUCAAAGUUUUAAACAUCAUAAAAUGUACCAAGUGCCGCAGGAUACCUUGCGAAAGUAUCUUGAGUAUCAAGGGAAAGUUUUGCACUUUGAUUGCCUAUUGGAUGAACCGAACCAACCCGGGGGCGAGAAAAUGACCUACAAAUUCUUUUACUACCUUGAAGACGACACCGUUUCCAUUAAAGAGCUCAAAGAAAACCAGGAGGGCCGAGAUUACUUCCCAAUGAUGCUUCGGAAGCAAAAACUACCAAAAAACUGGAAGGAAAAACCAGCAACCUACCCGUCCAUUUGCUUGGAACAAACGGAUAACGAGGUGUUCGAAUAUUACUCCCCGAAAGAUUUGCUCGUCGGCGGUACUGUUUUCGUUUAUGGUCGAAAAUUUCUCUUGCUUGAUUGUGACCGAUUCACACGCACCUACUACGAAAGAGUACUGAAAAUCAUUCAACCGGAAGCAGUUCGCUUAGAGCACCCUCAAGCUCGCACCCCUCGAAAGGAGCUUCCGACUUACUUGGGCCUUGGAACGCCGGAGGAUUCGAUCGCUUCCUAUCACUGUCUAACGCCGAAGAGCCCUCGUAAAGACGUUGUCACUUACUUGGUCAAUAUGAACAAAUUUCUGCGAUAUGGCUGUGUCCUAGACACAGCCCAUCCGGAAGACUCGAUCCGCCGGUUCGUACUAAGCGUAUCGCUGGCAGAUGGGACCAUUUCCAUAAUGGAAUCGACAAUUCGCAAUUCAGGUAUCCGGGGCGGUCGUUUUCUUGCCCCAACUAAGGUGUGGAAACCCAACUGUGACCCCAAUGAUCCCGAUUAUUACACAGCAAAGGAUUUCUACAUUGGCGCAACAAUCAUCGUGUAUUCACAUCGAUUCAAGAUUACCACGGCAGAUCUGUACGUAUACCGGUAUAUGCAAGCCCACCCGGAAAUGUUUUCGUCCACAGCAAUCGAGACAGUGCAGUACUAUUUGCUAGAGGCGGGACAUUUAAAGGACGAUCUACUCAAGGCAACGGAAGAAGAUUGCCAACAAUUUGGGCCGCCCACAACACCAGCACAAGACAAUGACGAUUGCGGAACGGGUGAAGUAGAAAAACGUUUACAAAAUUUUGAUUUGAAAGACAGAGCAGAGGAGCAAAAAUUAGUAAUCCUUCCCGCUCAAACAGAACAACACGAUUGCCCUUCGCCGAUUAUUCCUGAUGAGGAGAUUAAGAAAAUGUACCAUUCCAAUGAAAGCCCCGAUCUGGCACUGCAGGGUCAAGUAGAAGGUGACGAAGUCAUUAAAGUAGGAAAAUCGGUACGAUUUGAGGAGAACUGCUAG